CAUAAUCUCAACCAAAAGCCCAAACCCAACAACAUGGCGCAGAAAGGCGACCAUAUUCUGUACCGUCCACUCUAUGUGUUCGACCUCCCGGAGGAGCUCCUGUCCACAAUCACUCUCAAGAGCCAGCUCGAGCGACCAGCCCCAGAAACACCGCUGAGGAUAUCCACUCCCGCGAGCGAAGCUGGCGAGAACUCUGAGAAUGCCGAUGGGACUCCAACAAAAGCCACUUCCUGCAACCUCUGCCGUCUAUCCUUUGCGUCCGUCGUUGAGCAGCGGAAUCAUGUCCGAUCCGAUCUCCAUAGCUACAACUUGAAGCAGAAGAUGAGGGGCCUGAAACCAGUAGGAGAGGCAGAUUUCGAAAAGCUCAUUGGUGAAUUAGAUGAGAGCCUAUCAGGAUCACAGUCCUCAGAAUCCGAUGAGGAUGAGGAGGAAGGGAACAAGGCACAAGAGUCGACGUUGAGUGCACUGCUGAAGAAGCAAGCAAAGAUAUCAAAUCCGGCUUUUGACGAAUUUGCAUCAAAAAAGAAGCAACGAGGGUCGGGAAAGCCUCCGUUAUUCUGGUUUACCUCCCCUUUGCUACCCGAGAAUAUGUCGUUAGGGGUGUAUCGCGCCAUAUUCUCUGAUUCCGAGCAGGAGGAGGAAUCACACAUUGUCGAAACCAUCCGAAGCAAACAAUUCGCGCCAACGCCACCACCAAAGGUCAAGACAGACGGUGGCAUCCCUCUGCUAGGGACAAACACCGGACCACAUUACUUCCUCUGCAUGAUUGGUGGCGGACACUUCGCUGCCAUGAUUGUAGCACUAGCCCCCAAAAUGAGCAAGAAACACACUGGAGCAGAUGAACGCUCAGCAACCGUCAUUGCGCAUAAGACUUUCCAUCGUUACACUACCCGACGAAAACAAGGUGGAUCGCAAUCUGCAAACGACGCUUCCAAGGGCGCUGCUCAUUCUGCUGGCUCAUCUUUGCGUCGGUAUAAUGAAGCUGCGCUUACAAACGAAGUCCGAGACCUACUCAAAGGCUGGAAGACCAUGAUAGAUUCCGCCGAGCUCCUGUUCAUUCGAGCAACAGGAAGCACCAACCGCCGGACUCUUUUCGGACCCUAUGAAGGACAGAUCCUUAGUAACAACGAUGGGCGAAAUCGAGGUUUCCCGUUCAGCACACGACGAGCUACUCAAAACGAACUCAUGCGUGCCUUCGUCGAACUCACACGGGUGAAGCAAAGCACCCUCGAUGAGGCUGCUCUUACUGCUCUCAACAUAUCAGAGUCAGCAGCCAUUCCUGCUACACCUCCUCCAUCCAAACCUCCAAAACCUCCAAAACUCUCGAAAGAGGAAGAGACAGCGGCUCUCCACACUUCUCAGAUCACCUCGAUAAUCAAGCGGUCUAAAAUCCCAGCUCUGCUAAACUACCUCAAAUCCAAUAACAUCCCAUCCACAUUUACUUUUAUUCCAUCCAACUUCCAUGCCCCGACACCACUCCAUCUCGCUGCCUCGCUCAACGCGGCACCGGUUGUCUUAGCCCUACUGACAAAAGCCGGUGCCGACCCAACCAUUAUGAGUGAUGAUGCCCGCACUCCUUUCAGUCUGGCCGGCGACCGCGCAACUCGAGAUGCCUUCCGCGUCGCGCGUUCCGAACUCGGAGAAUCAGUCUGGGAUUGGGAGAAAUCGGGUAUCCCGGCCGCACUCUCAAAGUUGGAAGUCGAGAAGCGCGAGUAUAGAGAAAGGUCUGAGAAAGCCGCGGAAGAAAAGGCGGAGGCGGAUAGAAGGAAGGCAGAGACUGAGAGGUUGCGGAAAGAGAGUGAAUUGGAGGAGGCGAAGAGGAUGGAGAAGAGAGUUGGGAAGGGGAAAGCGUUGGGGGUGUUGCCGGAGAAAACAGGGGCAGAGAAGAGGGAGGAGGAGGCUAGGGGGUUAUCGCCGGAGGUGAGGGCGAGGUUGGAGAGGGAGAGGAGGGCGAGGGCGGCAGAAGAAAGGAUCAGGAGGUUGCAAGGGAGUUGA